AUGCCUUUUGAUGAUGACGAUAAUCCAAACAUUGUCGCGGGACCGCCCAGCGCUGGCGGCGUUGAUGGCGCGGCGGCCGCUGAGGAGGCAAUGGAGGAUGAGAUGCCCGAUUACAAGCUCUUCAUGAGCAUGUUUGACAAGAAGGGCGUAUCGAGCAAGAGCAUCCGCAAGGGCGAAAAGGACUUCGAAUCACACGGCACACUCGCGCAGGACGGCGUGCUGGAAACGAGCCGCCGCGCGCUCGAGGACGUCCUCAGCUACACGCGCAUUCAUCGUGGCGACGGGUGGGUACGCGGAUGGUACGUGCCCGAGUUUUGGAGCGCAGACGGCGCAGAGGUUGGACUACUGGACCCCAGGCAGGACGAUGGGCGCCUGUCGCUCAGGAAUCGGGUGGUCGUCGUGGAGCACGAGCGCGGCAGCUGGAUGAAGGACAUUGGACGGUCGGUGCCUGCGGGCAUCAACAAGACAGAGACACAGAAAGCCGGCGUGGGGAGGCUCUGGCUGCUGCCGGAGGAGGCGCUGCACAUGGUUGAGCGCGGCACGCUGGACCUCUGGUGGCCGUACAAGGACCUGGACGAGCUGCUGUCACCGGGCGCGGACAGAGACCCCGAUGAUUACGACGUUGGCGUGCCUCUCAGCCUGGAAGCAGCCUACUCUCUGCUACUGGGUGAAGACGACGAGCCAGGGAGAGUCUCGCUGCCGAGAUACCAGGUGUUUACCCACUUGAAACGAGGAGGAUUCCACGUGCUGCGCGCCCCAGAGGAGCAAACACCCGCGGACGCUGCAGACACAUCAAACACGACAGGCGCAACGCUGAUCCAGUGGCUCUUCUCACUCGUGGGAUGGGGCAGCGAUGCUCAGCAGCAGCAGCAGCAGCAGCAAACAGAGCCCAAGAAGCACUCCUUUGGCCCGCUGGUGUCACCGGGUCUCUACCGGGCGUACAAGCCCGUGUACGAGCAGCUCAGUCUGCUGCCACGGCACAAGCCGCAGCGCAUCACUUCUGCGCAAGCAAACGUGCCGCCGUCGCCGCGGAGCCCCUACAAGGUCUUCUUCCACGUCUGGAAGUCGGGCGGCGCGCCCUUUUCCAAGCGCAGCCCGCCGACGCCGCACUUUCGCAUCGCCGUGUCCGACACGGGCCUGCACGGCGUGCCCACGAUCGAGGAGGUGUCGGCGCUGCUGGCGUCGACGCCGCUGGACGAGCCGAGCGCCAACCCCGCGUGGAAGGGCCCCGGGCGGCUGUACCAGCGCCUCAAGCACGGGCACCGCAACGUGCUGGUGGCGGUGGUGGAUCGCGGGCUUGUCAACUACAUGCGCUUCGGCGAGGGUGCGUUUGGCGAGGAGAGGCUCUACGAGAGGCACGAUGCGCGGAGGGGCGGCCGCGGGGGUGGUGGUGGUGGGAAGAGGGGAGGACGCGGAAGAGCUCGCGGAGGUAGAGGACGCGGGAGAGGGAGGUGA